CACGUCACGUUUACACACACGUUGCCUCCACUAGUCACGACAACAUUCGCGAAUGUUCCUACUGAUCUGAAAGGAUGUGGCAGUACGUGUGGCAGUUUACGACCUUUGUGUGCAUUUUUAUGACUACUUAUGCAUCAAAGCGAAGCUAUGUGGGGUAUAAACUCUUCCACGUCACCCCCACCAACCUGCAAGAGUUGCAUGCUCUUCGAGACCUCCAAUUCCUUCCCCGGGUGGACUUUCUCAACUAUCCCAUGCUUAACGCCACAGUCACUCUAGCUGUUCCUCCAGAGAAUGUGGUCCAAGUUAAAUACCACUUGCUGAAGAAUGGCUUGAGCUUCAAAAUGUCCGAUUUACACAGCCUGCUGGAAGAAGAAGAGGCCAUGUUGUCGGAGUCUAGAAAGAACACCUAUGCCCUGCUUGCAUCCAAAUCUGCGAGUGCCCUGAGACAUGGCAUCUACCUCCGUCUGGACGAGAUUGAAAGCAUACUUCGCAGUUUGGCAGAAACAUAUGACGGUGUGACGCUGGUGGAGAUGCCCCAUAGGACAUUCAAUGGAAACACAAUGCAUUAUCUACAGAUUGACAAGCAGAGGACAUCGAUAAGCCUGUUGUUGUUGUGGAGUCCUUGAUACAUGCCAGAGAGUGGAUUUCAGGGGCCGCAACGUUGUAUGCUAUGGCCGGAAUGAUAGAGAAGUUUGAAGAAGGUGAUGAGGACGCAAUGUUCAUGUUGAAUAACUUCACCUGGAUUUUCAUACCUGUCACUAACCCUGACGGCUACUCGUACACCUGGAGGAAAGACCGACUGUGGCGAAAGAACCGACGCGUCCAACGAUAUUGUUUCGGAGUGGAUCUGAAUCGUAACUUCGACAUAGAGUUUCCAGGUGCUUCACAUAUUUUUAUUUGCAUGGCGUACCAAGAUUAUAGAGAGUACUGCGAGAAUGAUUUCCGUGGUGCGCAUGCCUUCUCGGAAGCGGAAACAAAAAACGUGCGCCAUCUAGUGGGCCUUGUUCAGCCCAAUCUGCUCGCCUACGUGGGCAUCCAUUCGUAUGCGCAACUAGUUAUCGCUCCCUGGGGAUGGACUAUGGAGCGACCGAAAGGCUCCGAAGAGCUUGAUCGAGUGGGAGGCCUGCUAGCGGAGACAAUGUCUAGAUACGGUGCCAACUACAACUUCGGCGUAGGCGAAACUGUAAUAGGAUACCCGUACCAUGGAGCGUCAGCCGACUGGGUUCUGUCUAUUGUUCCAUGGGCCUACACCUACUUUUUCGAACUUAGACCAGACAUUGACAGCUUCCGAAGCUUCGUCCUUCCUCCCAGCGAAAUAGUUCCCUGUGGGCAAGAAGUCUACGCCAGCUUUGUGACGUUAUCAAGGGAGAUAAAGGACAGACGUCACCUCUUCAAGUGACGAGGCUACCUCCGCCUGGGCACGACUCCCCACCUCCCACUCACACCUGGCUUGGGCGUCCUAUAUGCACAUCUUCUAUUGUUGCUUCUACAACUUCAAGAAAACAAUUUGUUGUCUACUUCUAAAAUCGUCUAACUGCUAAAACUAUUUCCUUGUGUAGUUAUCUGCAUAUUAAUUAGGUGUGCACGGCGUCAUUCAGUGCAAGGGGAUUAAGUCGGCUUGCAACUCGCGAGAGGAUAUUGAGUUGUUCACUCUGACUUCGAGAGUUUCUCAUCCUUAUCAAGCUCAUCCUAGUCGUCUGAAGCAAAGUUCACGUCUACCUUUCACCCGUAACCUCAAUACAAUACAUUAAUGAAGCCACAGAUCAGUUUAUUGCCACAAUGUUUCAAAAAUAUGUUAAACAGAACAAAAGUUACGUUGUGGUACAGAAAAUUAAACCACCACGUAUAAUUUUCUUCCGUAUAAUAGGAAAUAUUCUAAAUUGUGAAGACAAUACAUAUAUAUGAAGCCAGACAUGUUAAGUACAAAAACACUUCGGAUUUCACAAUUUGUAAUAACUUCGUACAAAAAUCUGAGGUUCUGUAAGGAGUCAGA